UAGGCUGUGUUGUGUAGCUCUAUCCUGGGAGUGAGAGAGAGAGAGUCUGCAAUCCGACAGCUAUGCCUAUGCAUACUCUCACCAUAAAGUUUAACUCUCUGUAAUUCUUUGUUCUUCAUCAUCAUCUUCUUCUUCUUCGUUUGAAUUUGUCGAUAUCGGAAAAUUUACCAGAUUUUCUCUUUUGGGCAUUCUCAAUCCACAUUGAUCUCUCAAAUCUGGGCUUCGUUAUUGUUUCCAGCUACUUCAACAAAUCCAGAAAAUUGUUCUUAUUUAGCAUUCAUUAAACAAAUUCCGCAUUUGCAUUGAAUCUGUAAUCUGAGUGUUUGGUAUUUGAGCUUUUAUUUGACCGAAUCUGGCUACAGCCAUUUCAUUCUUUACCCCUAACACCUUUUAACCAAUGCACGGCCUCUAAUUUUUUCAUAUUCAUAAGAAAGAAAAAGGAGAAAAACACCCAAAAUAACAAAAAGAUGAAGACCCCUAAAGAUUCUGAGAAACAAGCGUGGGAUCAGAUUCAGAUGAGAAGCCCAUCGGGAAACCCACUUACAGGAGCCGGGCCCAGCAGCCGACCCGGUCCGAAGCCCAUGGUCUGGCUUAUCCUCUUCGUUUCAGUCACUUACGUUGUCUACACACUGAAGCUCGUCUCCAACUCACGCGGUUGCGUCGAGGAACCUUUCUUAAUUACUCACCGUGUAUCGGAAACAGCGACAGUGGCCAAUAUCACAUCCACGCCGUUGAUUCUCAACCAGACGGCGGGACAAAACCCCAUCCACCGACGGGAAUCUGAAGAAAGACGAACACAAAUAGCCACUGAUAUCCACCACAUCGUGUUUGGCAUCGCGGCAUCAGCUAAGCUUUGGAACAAGAGAAAAGAGUACAUCAAGAUAUGGUACAAGCCAAAACAAAUGCGAGGCGUCGUGUGGCUUGACGAUGUUGUCAAAACCAACAAGAGCGAAAACUUGCCUCUAAUAAAGAUCUCAAGCGAUACUUCACAGUUCCCGUACAAGAACAAGCAGGGUCACCGUUCGGCCAUACGGAUCUCCCGCAUCGUAUCGGAAACACUCCGGCUUGGGCUAAAAAAUGUGAGGUGGUUUGUGAUGGGAGACGACGACACCGUUUUCAUAACCGAGAACUUGAUUAGGAUUCUGAGAAAAUAUGACCAUAAUCAGUUUUAUUAUAUCGGGAGUUUAUCGGAAUCCCAUUUGCAGAAUAUAUUUUUCUCUUAUGGAAUGGCUUACGGUGGCGGGGGGUUUGCUAUAAGUUACCCAUUAGCUAAAGCGCUUGUCAAGAUGCAAGACAAAUGCAUUCAUAGAUAUCCGGGACUCUACGGUUCCGACGAUCGAAUGCAAGCUUGUAUGGCUGAACUCGGUGUUCCACUCACUAAAGAACUCGGCUUUCACCAGUAUGAUGUGUAUGGCAACUUGUUUGGACUCCUUGCAGCGCACCCGGUUACGCCAUUGGUGUCGCUUCAUCACCUGGAUGUAGUCGAGCCCAUCUUUCCCAAUGUGACUCGCGUUGAAGCCCUUGAGCGCCUUAUGGUGCCUAAGAAGCUAGAUUCAUCUGCACUCCUGCAACAAUCCAUCUGCUAUGACAAAGAAAAGAGCUGGACCAUCUCCGUUUCAUGGGGCUUUGCAGUUCAAGUUUUCCGGGGGAUAUUUUCCCCCCGGGAGAUAGAAAUGCCGUCAAGAACAUUUUUGAAUUGGUAUAGACGGGCAGAUUACACAGCGUACGCUUUCAACACUCGGCCGGUUACCCGAAACCAGUGUCAAAAACCAUUCGUAUUUUACAUGUCAGAUGCCAAAUUCAAUUCAACAAUGAACCAGACGGUGAGCGAGUACCAACGGCAUAAAAUCCCCCACCCCUUCUGCAGAUGGAAGAUGGCUGAUCCUGCUAAACUUGACGUGGUGGUGGUCUACAAAAAACCAGACCCAAAUCUAUGGGAAAGAUCUCCUAGAAGAAACUGUUGCAGAGUGAUGAAGUCAAGGAAUAGUGCUGGAAGGAUGGAGAUAGAUGUGGGUGUAUGUAGAGAGGGUGAGGUUAGUGAAAUAUAAUUUAGUACGGUAGGGAUUCCUUUGUGUUUCUUUCAUAUAAUUUCAUUCAUUCCACUUCAAUUUUGUACUUGUAAUCUAGACCAUGGUAGAUCCAUGAACAAUUUCACCCAGACAAAAAAUGUACCAAACUUGUAGCUUAGACCACUGUGGUUAUUUAUGUUAUAUUAUUAUUUA